AUGUCCAAUUUUAUAUAGGAGAAUAUAUGCAUAAUUCAUCAAUUAUAAAUAGUAGCUGCUAAUUUGGAUCCAAACUCUGAUUGUUAAUCACGAUAAUAUUGCAGUAAGUGUCUUGUUGAAAAAACUAAUGAUGGAACUUUAUUUAUAAAUAGUGAGGUUUAAGAACAUAUAGAAGAAAUUCGGAAUAACUUUUUAGAGAAAAAAAGAAUUUAUUUAAAAAACAAUAUUAUGGUUCUUGAACAUGUCUAAAAUAUUGUAUUGACUUUGAAAAGUUCAUUUUAAUAGGCUUUUGAUAAAAUCUUCGAAAAUCUAUCAACUGAAAAAAUAAGAUUGUAAUAUUAAUUUCACCUCUUAGAGAAAUCACUUAAUGAAGUUGAUAUUAAUAAUUUUUCAUAGAUAAAGUUCAAAUCAGAGGAGAAUGUAAGUUAAAUUGAAAAUUUCAAGUUUUAUAUUAGAGCAUCCUUAGAGUAAAUAAAAAAUAAUUUAAGUCUUUAAUAAUGUAUUUAAGAAAUUGAGAAUUUAAAAGAAGAGGAGGAGGAAUUAAAGUUUUGCAGAGAGUUUAAUUUUGAAGAACUAAAUAUUAUUGUAAUUUUAUUUAAUAAUUUAGGCUACUCCUAGUUUGAAGAUAGUAUGCCAAGAACAUAUGAAAUAAAUAAUAGCUUUUGAUAUGAAUAAUAACCGUGCAAAAGAAAAUAGAAUGGCUUGUAUUCAUUGUAUUGAAUAAAAUCCAAAUUAAUACACAUCUCUUAAAACAGUAUAAGAAAAAUGGAAAAUGUUUGAGGAAUUUAAAAGAUUGAAAUUUUAAGAAAUAGUAAGUUAAUAUAUUUAGAAUAAAGAUCAAAUUUUUGAAUAGCUUUAAAUAAUAAAUGAAGCACAUGAAGAAAUGAAUAAUUAAAUAAAAUAAAAUUUGAAUGAUUUUCAUUCCAAAUUAAACGAAUAAAUAGAAUAAAUAUUUAGUUAAAUGGGGAAGAACUGGGCGAAUUGUCCAAAAAAAAAAAUAUUAAACAAAAUUCAAAAAUUAAUAAAACCCACUUAUAAAGAAGAGUUUUCAAUCAAAAUUCAAAAAUAUUAUUCCAAUUAGGAAUAAUCCAUUAAUUAAAAUAUUUUUGAUUCAAUAUAAAAAAUUAGAGAAACUUUUAAAGAAAGUUUUUACUUAAUCACUAAAAUGAUUAAAAUAAAAUCUAAUUUAUAAAUAAAAAAGAAAGAGAUACAAUUUUCUUAAAAAAUUUAAUCUACUUAACCUCUUUUCAGUUUCCAUAAUUAAAUAAUCAAUUUUAAAUAAUCUCUAAAAAUUCCAAGUAAAUUAUGCGUUUAAAAAAAAAUAAUUGAAUUAUCUUCUUAGAUUACUAAACAUUAACUUAAUAUAAAUAAGAAGGAGAUUUCUAUGUCUUUAAAAAUGACUGUAUAACCUAAACUUUAAAUAAAAUUAAACUAAAUUUAGAUAUAAGAGUUUUAAAAAAAUUUCAAAUUUAAGUAUGAUAUUUUACCUGCAGAAAAUAGACAAUAAAAUGAAAAUUGUUAUGCACUAGCCUUAGGUUAACUAUUCAUGAUAGCAGGCUGUGGCUCAAAAUUAUCAAGCUUUUGUUUUAAUGAUGGUAAAUUAAAAAACUUAAUUUAACUUGAUAAACAUUCUAGUGAUAUUAAAGCUAUUACUUUUAUAAGUUUUAAUUAAUUUGUUUCAGGAGAUUCCAAAGGGUAAUUAUAUUUUUGGAAAUAUGAGAUCAAUUGGAAUAAUUAUUUUGAAAUUUUAAAUGAACAUACAGACUAGAUUAAUUAAAUUAUAUCAAGUCAAAUAAGUGAUUAAAUAAUUACAUGCAGCUACGAUAAAACUAUAAAGGUGUUCGGAAAACUGAUUUCAACAAAUAAAUGGGUUUGCCAAUAAACUCUACUUAAUCAUAACAGCAUUGUUAAUGCAAUUUCUUUAAACUCUACUGAAACCAUGUUAAUUUCAUGUAGUUCUGAUAAAAAAUUGUUAGUUUUUAAAAAAACGUAGAUCUUCAUUUGUAUUUAAACAAUAAAUGUUGAAGAUUAGAUUUAUAGACUUACAUUUAUUAAAGAACAAAGCUUUUGCAUUUAAAUUUAAUCAGGCUAUCAAUUACAUUUUUACGAUUUAGAUAAACAAAAAUAAAUUUUCUAAUAAACUAGCGCAGUAGAAAUUUAAAACUAAAAGAGUUGCUCUUAAGGAUUUCCAUUAAUUUUUUAAAAGGAUAGAUCUUUAAUUGUUUCUAAACAUGGAACCUAUAUAAAUAUUAUCAAUAAAAUGAAUAAUGGAGAUUAUAGGACUGAAUAAUCUAUAAAUUUUGAUACUAUGUAUCUUUAUGGGACCUUAAGUUCAGAUGGCAUCUUUUUAGUAACAUGGGAUUACAAAACUAAAUAAUUUUAAGUAAGAAAAUUAAUUGAUAAAUGA